AUGACUGCCAAAUCCGAGGUUCCUCAGCUCAUACGAAAUUUUUGUGUCAUGUCCACACGACAAUUUGGCAAACCGGUACAAUCGUUUCGCACAGAUAAUGGAACAGAAUUCAUGGGCCUAACAUCUUAUUUUCAAGAACACAGUAUCUUGCAUCAAACGUCUUGCGUCGACACUCCUCAACAAAAUGGGCGUGUUGAACGCAAACACAGGCAUAUUCUUAAUGUUGCCCGUGCAUGCCUCUUUCAAAGUCAUAUGCCUGUGAAGUUUUGGGGUGAGAGUGUCCUUACUGCGACACAUUUGAUAAACAGAACGCCGUCUUCUAUGUUGAAGAACAAGACUCCGUACGAAUUGUUGUUUGGCCGGCGCCCGUCGUAUUCUAUGAUCCGUACUUUCGGUUGUUUGUGUUAUGCACAUCUUCGGUCUAGAGAUAAGGACAAGUUUGGUCCUCGGAGCCGGAAAUGCGUCUUUGUUGGCUAUCCCUAUGGGAAAAAGGGGUGGCGUUUGUUUGAUCUUACCACUGAAAAAUUCUUUGUUAGCCGCGAUGUGAGGUUUGAAGAGGAGAUUUUCCCUUUCUCGCAUCCGAUGUCUCCUUCUUCGUUACCUAUACAACAACCUGUUGUUGUCGAUGAUGACUGGUCUACACCUCCGGUUCCUCCGACUGUUGCAGUUGUUUCCCCUGACUUUAGUUCCUCACCGGCUGUUGGACCUGUUCUACCCGAAGAAGAACCUCUUCCACCAUCCACUGUGGUUCCUUCUCCGGGUAGCCCGUCUACUUCGUUUUCGUCUCCAGUUGACGAAACCUCGGAGACUACUUCGCCUGUCACUCCGGGUCUACCAGAACUAUUGGGCAAGGGACAGCGCAAAAAGUUUCCUUCGGUUCUUCAUAAAGAUUUUGUUGUUCCUCCUGUACACUCUUCCUCUCACGCUCUCGCCCCUGAUCUCCUCGAUUCACUGUCCUCUUCUACGGUCUCGGGUACGGUUCUUUAUCCUAUAACUACGUUUUUAUCUAAUGUUGGUUUCUCUGCGAACCACAUUGCUUUUAUGGCUAAGAUUUUAGACAGUCACGAGCCAAAGCAUUUCAAGGAUGCUGUAAAGAUCAAAAAGUGGUGUGAAGCAAUGCGGAAAGAAAUUGACGCAUUGGAAGCAAAUAAUACUUGGGAUGUUACUGAUUUGAAAGAAAGCUAUCAAUAG